AUGUUCCUCUGCCGGUUCCUCCUCUUCUACCUGUUCGAAUCGCCAAAGUUCCUCUUGUCUCGCGGUCGCCAAGCUGAGGCUGUUGCAGCCGUGCACGGCAUCGCUUACUUCAACGGCGCAAAGACGUGGCUCUCAGAAGAUGUCCUGAACGCUAUUGGUGGGCAUCCUGAGGAUUCGCCAGAGCAGAAGAAGCUAAGCGUCACGGAGAUCAUCAAGCGACAAUUGGGCAAGUUUGGCCCAGAGCGUAUUGCACCAUUGUUCAGUGGCUGGAAGUUGGGACUGAACACCGCCCUGCUUUGGUUUAUCUGGACCACGAUCGGCAUGGGCUAUCCACUCUUCAAUGCUUUCCUGCCUCAAUACCUUUCGACUGCCGGUGGCCAAGCUGUCUCGGAGAACACAACCUACCGCGACUACGCCAUCACCUCCGUAGUCGGUGUCCCUGGCAGUAUCCUCGCAUGCUACACCGUCAACAUCAAGUACAUUGGCCGCAAGGGCACGAUGGCGAUCGCAACCCUCCUCAGCGGCAUCUUCCUCAUCCUCUUCACACGAGGCACUACCUCAGGAUACCAGUUGGCCAUGAGCUCUCUCGAAGCCUUCUUCCAAAACAUCAUGUACGGUGUUCUCUAUGCCUACACGCCCGAAGUCUUCCCCGCGCCGAACCGUGGUACGGGAACUGGCAUUUCCAGCACACUCAACCGACUCGCCGGUCUCUGUGCACCCAUCGUGGCAGUCAAUGCCGGCGCUCUCGAUCCGAAGGCGCCAAUCUACGCAUCUGCAGGUCUCUUCUUCGCAGCAUUUCUGGCGAUGCUUUGCCUGCCGAUAGAGACUCGUGGACGGCAGACAUUGUAG